UACUGCGUACUGCAUGUUUAUGGGCGUCGGGUGGUGGGGGUUGUUCAAUCCAAGGGUUGUCGUUGUCGAUUACAGUGUCAAAAUGAAUACAAUCGUAUUUAAAUCUCUUCUUUGGCUUGUGCUUGUGUUGCUGUUCUCACCUCCAAUAUCUGCCCUGUUGAAAGAAUUCACUGUUAAUGUGGAGGCUGGUGUUUCGGAGUGCUUUUACGAGACAAUUAAAGCCGGCCAGGUUAUGGACGUUGAGUAUCAAGUCAUCGAUGGAGACCGAGGCGAAUUGGACAUAAAUUUUCACUGGAGUGCACCCUCUGGUCGACAAAUUGUAUCAGAUUUUAAGAAGGCUGAAAAUAGUCACAGACAUGAAGCGUCGGAAGAUGGAGACUACAAGAUGUGCUGGGAUAAUUCCAUUUCACGCUUCAAUUCAAAGACUGUUUUCUUUGAAUUUCUAGUUGACCAGGACCAAGAUGACUGGUUUAAAAAUAGUGUUCAAGGAAACUUAGUACCUGAAGCUGCCCUGGAGAAGUAUGAUAUGACAGUGGAUGAUCUUAAAGAAUCUAUGACACGAGUUCACACAUUUUUGUCAUCUAUUCGUCAACACCAAGACGUAAUGCGGGCACAUGAAGCAAGGGACCGCAACUUUAUUGAAAAUAACUUUGAGCUUGUGAAUAGGUGGUCUAUCAUACAGUUGUUAGUCAUGGUUCUGGUUGGGGGUCUACAAGUUUACAUGGU